AUGAUGGCCGAUCUCAAUCAGGAGACCCUUCACAAAGCUGGCAUCGGCAAUUUCUUUCGUCCAGGCCAGCUUGAGCCGCUGGGCAUCACCUAUCACAGGCUUCGGCAGCUUGAGGCUGAAGAGGCAGUCGAGCGUGUCGGCUGGGGUCUCUACCGCCUUGCUGACGUCGAGCCCACUGAGCGCUACUCGAUAGCUUCCGUCUGCGCCCGGGCGCCCAACGCGAUAGUCUGUCUCCUCUCGGCUCUCCAGGUGUACGAGAUCGGCACGCAACUACCUCGACAGGUCUGGAUUGCCAUUCCGCACAAGGCGAGACCCCCUUCCAGCGGAAAUAUUGGAAUUCGCCUGGUCCGGUUCAGCGGCGCGGCCUUGAGCUGCGGACUGCAGGAAACGAAAUUUGAGGAGGUGCCUGCCCGCAUUACCUCCCCGGUGCGCACCAUAGUUGAUUGCUUCCGGUUCCAGCGCCUCAUUGGGCGGGAAGCCGCGCUGGAGGCGCUGCAGGAGGCUCUCCGGGACAGAAAGGGCUAUCCUGGACUCCGGGGUGCUAUGAGCACCAACACUGAGCACUCUAUCAGGGCACGACUGCUCAACAGGGCGAGGAGCGAGGGGACGGAGUUCCAACUUUACCUUGUUCGCUACGCCUGCGAGCGGUUUCUCUACCGGCUGGGGGCGUCCGCGGCGCGUGGCCAUUGCAUCCUGAAGGGUGCGGGUCUCUUGGCCGUAUGGAUGGAGGAGCCUUACAGGGCCACGCGGGACAUUGACAUACUGGCCUUCGGAGCGAACGACGUGGAGGCCAUCAGGGCCAUGAUGUCCACUAUCUGCAACGUGCCGUGUCCUGAGGACGGGUUGCUAUUCGACAUUGACACCCUGGAUGUGUCGGCGAUUCGGGACGAUCAG